UAUAGGUUAGAGGAACAGCUAAGCCUUAAUUUUCCCUAAUUUCUGAGAUAACAAGUUAACAACUAAGGUAAAACAAGGACACAAGGAGCAAUUGGAAGCCAAGAUCUGCCAACUCUACUGAAAGACUCGAGACUCGGGGUCUCCGUUUCAUAUUUCCACGACACAACUUCAAACAAGGCAACAAUUCACCAUAUCGAUCGUCAAUUAUUCAAGCCAUGAAGGAUCUUAACUUGUUGUGAUACUGGUGGCUGCUUUCCUUUGUCAUAAGCCCUCGAUUUCUUACCAUACACAUAGCAAAUAUGGGAAAGUGCUGCUCUUGCGAUUACCGUUACCUACUCCUCAUCGCCGCUGUCCCGUUUAUCUACAUCCAGAUGCGCCUCUUUGUUACUCAAUCACGGUAUGCUGAUCAGAUUGCUGAUGCUGUACGUAUGCCUUAUUGAGGCAGAAAAUCAGUGUACAAGACAGACAAGAUUGCUAAUCGAUCAGAUUAGCUUGCAAAAAGAACGACUUCUUUCCCUUGAAGAAGAAAAGAAGCGUCAAGAUCAGGAAUGCAGACAUUUGAGAGCACUAGUUCAAGAUCUUGAAAGGAAGGGCCUCAAGAAAUUGGUUGGUGAUGUACAGGUUCCAGUGGCAGCUGUUGUGGUCAUGGCUUGCAACCGUGCUGAUUACCUCGAGAAAACUAUUAAAUCUAUUCUAAAGCAUCAAAGUUCUGUUGCAUCCAAAUAUCCUCUCUUCGUAUCACAGGAUGGAUCAGAUCCCAGUGUCAGAAGUAAAGCAUUGAGCUAUGAUGGGCUAACUUACAUGCAGCAUUUGGAUUAUGAACCUGUGCAUACAGAAAGACCUGGGGAGUUGAUUGCUUAUUACAAGAUUGCACGGCAUUACAAAUGGGCACUGGACCAAUUAUUUUACAAACAUAAUUUUAGCAGAGUUAUCAUCCUUGAAGAUGAUAUGGAAAUUGCCCCUGAUUUCUUUGACUAUUUUGAGGCUGGAGCUGCCCUCCUUGACAGUGACAAAACCAUAAUGGCAAUUUCAUCAUGGAAUGACAAUGGACAAAGGCAAUUUGUGCAUGAUCCUUAUGUACUUUACCGCUCCGAUUUUUUCCCUGGUCUUGGAUGGAUGCUCUCUAAAUCCACGUGGGAUGAACUGUCUCCAAAAUGGCCCAAAGCUUACUGGGAUGACUGGUUGCGACUGAAAGAGAAUCACAAAGGACGACAAUUUAUUCGCCCAGAAGUAUGCAGAACAUAUAAUUUUGGGGAGCAUGGUUCUAGCAUGGGCCAGUUCUUCAGACAAUAUCUUGAACCUAUCAAGCUGAAUGAUGUCAAGGUCAACUGGAAAUCGAUGGACCUCAGUUACCUGGUUGAGGACGAGUACGUGAAGCACUUUGCCGACAUGCUUAAAAAAGCAACACCUGUACAUGGAACUGAUGCGAUUCUAAAAGCAUAUAACAUAGAUGGCGAUGUGCGUAUUCAGUAUCAAGACAAAUCAGAUUUUGAACGCAUUGCAAGUCAGUUUGGCAUUUUUGAGGAAUGGAAGGAUGGUGUACCGAGGACAGCAUAUAAAGGAAUUGUUGUUUUCCGAUACCAAACUCAGAGGCGUGUAUUCCUUGUUGGGCCCGAUUCUCUCCAACAACUUGGAAUCAAAGAGGCUUAAAACGAAUUGAAUUGUGUAAGUUCAUGACUAUUUGAUGAUUGAUUAUUGACCUCCUUAUCCCAGCCUACUGUAUCAAGCUUCCCAGGCCACAAGGCACCAUGUAAGCAUUCAAUAGUAGAGAAGGGUCGGUAAUAGGCAAAAGAAUGAACUUGUACACGUGCAGUGGAUUUUUCUGGCAAAAUCUUAAAUGGAAAAAUUCCGUUAAUUAAUAAUGGAGGUAUAUUGCUGUUAUUAUUA